GAGUAAUAAAGAACCGCACAAUUAACCCACACGGCCACACUACACUCGGAAGCUAGCCGCGCGGUUCGGGUGAGUUGUGUCAACUGUCAAAGUGAAGAAUGAAACAAGAAGAACCUUUUUAUGUGAAUUUGCGACCAUCUUCAUUUUGUUAACUCCACAAUUAACAAGGUAAUUAUCCCAUUCCCUCUUCCAGUUCAAUUCGAAUCAUGCAAUAUGCAUAAUCUAUUUCCUGGUUCACCAAUUAGCUAACGGGUGACGCCUUUGCUAUGCAUUUGAACAAUUUCUGGAAUUGCUGAGAAUUCAAGGGUUAAGCUUAAUUAUCAUCGAGUCUGAUGUUGAGGUUGGCGGCGCGGUAUGUGUUACAGCAAAGUUCACAGUUAGGGAGGGUUAGUUGUCAAUCCCCAAAAAUAUGGUUCAGUACAAUGCACCAAACUGAGGGUCAGAGCCAAGUGACAUCUAAUGAUUUUGGAAAGGAAAACAGUAAUGAUCAUAGUUUAUUUUUAGGACAGAAGAUUACGAGGAAAGAGAAGACACGUUUUCUGAUUAAUGCGCUUUUUGAUCUGGAAGAUAGUAAAGAUGCUAUCUAUGGCACACUUGAUGCUUGGGUUGCAUGGGAGCAGAACUUUCCAAUUGCUGCACUUAAAAACGUUUUACUAGCUCUGGAGAAGGAGCAACAAUGGCAUAGAGUCAUACAGGUUAUAAAAUGGAUGUUAAGCAAAGGGCAAGGCACAACAGUGGGAACAUACCAGCAGCUCAUACGAGCUUUGGAUAUGGACCACAGAGCUGAGGAAGCUCAUAAUAUCUGGAUGAAGAAGAUUGGUAAUAAUCUCCAUUCCGUGCCUUGGCAGACAUGCCAUCUCAUGAUUUCAGUUUAUCAUCGGAAUAAUAUGUUGGAGCAUCUCGUCAAGGAGACCGACCAGGUGACUUCAUCACUCCCACUCGCUUACAUGGAGACAAUUACGAUGAUUGGGCUUCAGAUAUUCAAUUGGCAUUGCAGGCGCGCCGAAAGUUCGAAUUUUUGGAAGGCACUAUCACCGGACCGCAACCUCCUUAUACCCAAUCUGAUUGGAACACCGUCAAUGCAAUGUUGGUUUCUUGGAUUACAAACACAAUCCAUCCUGAGGUAAAGAGUACCCUGUCUAAAUUUCGUGAUGCGAAACUCUUAUGGGAGCAUCUUAAGUAACGAUAUGUUAUGGUUAAUGGUCAACCGCUAAAGACUUCAAUUGCCAAGUGUGAGCAAACAAAAUCAUGUCUGUUACCAAUUACUACGGAAAAUUGAAUGUAUUGUGGGAGGAAUUAUUUAAGCAUGAACCACUAAUUUCUUGCAUUUGUUGUUCGUCUUGUACUGCCGCAUUAUUGCACCAAGAAAGACGUGAACAAGGAAAAUUACAUAACUUCUUGAUGGGAAACACUGAUUUGUACGCUCAAUUAUGGACCAAUAUCCUUUCUCAAGAUCCCUUGCCUUCGCUUGAUCGAGCGUACCAACUGGUGAUACAGGAUGGGCGUGUGCGGCUUGCCAAGGCAGUCAUAGAAGAUAAGCCAGCAGAGGUCCUUGGCUUUGUUGUCAGAGGCCCGUGUGUACCCAUUGCAAGAAGAUGGAAGAGGACGAGAAAAAAUGGAGAUGCCCGUGUGUACCCAUUGCAAGAAGAUGUUAUGAUAUUUUUAGGAAAAUAUUUGCUAUUGUUUAGGAUUAUUUCCUAAACUUAGAAUGUUAUAAUUAUGGAUGAUAUAUUUUAAGAACGUAAUUGUAUUGUUUAGGAUGGUUUCCUGAACAUAGAAUUACAUCAAUUAGGAUAGCUUGAUGAUGUACUAUAUAUAUGCAUGCAUUAAUAUCAAUCAAGGUCAGGCUGUAACCCUUUAUUCACUUUUCACAGUUAAUCAUAGAGCAAGAGGAAUUGUAGGAAAGUAAACAA